CAAAUCAACAGACGCGAAAAUUCGAAGCGAUAAUUUGUAGUUGGAAAUUUUUGGUGAAAAAACACGAAAAAUGAAUACACAAGUGAUGUUAUUUGCAUGUUCAAAGUGUUUCUCGCGCCAUCCAUUCGAAGAAUUGAGUCAUGGGCAGCAGUUGUGUAAGGAGUGUCGAGGCGCAUAUCCCAUCGUUAAAUGUACAUAUUGUCGUUCAGAGUUCCAACAAACGAGCAAAGGGAGCACAUCGACGAUCUGCAAGAAGUGCGAACAGAGUGUCAAGCAGUAUGGAAAACCCUCAGCAUGUGAGCUGUGUUGUCUUUUAGCCGCCUUCAUCGGGAAUAAGUGUCAAAGGUGUACAAAUUCGGAGUUAAAAUAUGGACCGGCAGUUACGUGUCAACAAUGCAAGCAACGCAGUGCUUUUAAUAGGCCUGAUCAUAAGAUCGAUGGAAAGCAACUCUGUUGGCUUUGCACCAAAUCUUACAAGCGUGCGUUAGCAAAAGCCCGAAUAGUUCAUCAAGGAGGACAUCAUGCAUCCAAAAAGCGUCCCUCAGAGGACAACGCCGCCUCGGGACAAGGUCAAAAGGUUUCAAAAACGAGUCAAAGUCAAUCGAUGUCGUCGCAUCAUCCGAAGAAACAUCAUUCGAGACCGCACGAUCAUGCCCGCAAAGAAGGCGGCAUCAUGGAAAUUCCCGAUAAAGUCGUCAAAGCAUCCGCUGUCGUCGAUCCUCACAGCUCGGAUCACGUCGUGGCAAUGACACAACUCAAAGAAACCAUCGCCAGCUUGCAAAAACGCCUCGCGCAAAAAGAUCGCGAACUCCUGCAAAAAGACAAAGAAAUCACGGAGCUCAAGGGCAAACAUUUCACGCUGGAAAACGAGUUACGGAAGAAAAUGAAGGACGAGGAACGCAUUUCGCAGAUGAAAAUUGAACUUUUGAACAAAAAACUCGCGGGUCAGCUGAAGGAAAUUGCGCAAUUGACGAAAAUGAGCAAGAAAAAUGUCGCGUCGCCCACAAAUGGCGAAGCAACGAAGGAAGUUGGCAAUGGAAAAGAAAAAGCAGCGAGUGAAGCGGAUGAGAAACGAUCAAAAAGUGGCUCGAAAGAACGUUCAAAAUCGCGUUCACGAUCGAAAAGUCGCAGUCGAAGUGCAAGCAAGAGCCAAAGUCGAUCCAAAAGUCGAAGUCGCUCCAAGAGUCGCAGUCGAAGUCACAGCAAAUCCAAAAGUCGUUCACGUUCCCGCGAUUCCUCAAAGGAAUCAAAACGAUCAAAGUCUCGUUCGAGCAGUAGAUCGCGUUCUCGUUCCCGAUCCAGAUCACGCUCAAGCAAUUCCGACUCGGAAUAAGCGACGAAAGACAAAAAACCAAGAAAUAUAUUUUUCUAUCAUUUUUUUUUCGUUUUUAGACGUAAUCGACCAUCGAUCAAAAAUUAUUCGAAAUUAUACCACUUUUUUAUGAUAUUCACACAAAAAAUACAAGA